AUGGAGGACGACUUGCUAAGUAUUGCAAAACCAAUUGUUUAUGAUGAAUCCAUUGCUCAUUAUGAAGUCCAUGCUCAUUUACCAUAUGCUUCAUCAACAUUCAAUAAUAGUGAUGAAAUUCGAAUUGCUGUUCAAAAUCAAGACCACUGUCUUUUACCAGGAAAAAACUCACUUCAUAUACAAGGAAAAUUAACAAAAGAAAAUGGGACACCAGUCACCAAUACUAGGCUUAUCAUGAACGCCAUCUGUCAUUUAUUUGAGGAAGCUCGUUAUGAGCUAAAUGCUGUGGAAAUUGAUAAAAACAAAAAUGUCGAAAAUGCAGGUUGGUUUCCCACAUGUGAUGCAAAUACUCCAUUAGCUGAUAAUAAUGGUAAUUUUGAUAUUUCAAUUCCACUAAGCGUUAUUUUUGGUUUUGCUGAGGAUUAUCAAAAAAUUAUUGUAAACGCGAGACAUGAAUUCAUUUUAACAAGAUCGAGAAAUGAUGUUAAUGCAAUUUUGCAAACUGCUGAGGAACUUGUGAAAAUUUCCAUUGAUAAAAUUGAAUGUUUUCGAACCUGGGAAUUAUAUGAAUAUCCUCUGCUACCAACAACCGCGAAUCAUGUGUGGACUGUUAAAACAUCAACGCAAUUAGAAAAACCUCGUUUUGUAAUUCUAGGCUUUCAAACAAACCGAAAAAAUGUAACAACGCGAAAUGCUAGUCACUUUGAUCAUUGUAGAAUUACAAAUGUUAAAUUAUUUUUAAACAGUCAGUGCUAUCCAUAUGGUAAUCUUAACCUUGAUUUAGAUAAAAAACAUUAUGCUGUACUGUAUGAAAUGUAUACAAACUUUCAAGCUAGUUACUAUGAUAAAGAAUGUCAACCAUAUUUAACGAAAGGUGAAUUUCUCGAUUUUGCACCAUUAAUAGUAAUUGACUGUUCAAAGCAAAAUGAAUCUCUAAAAUACGGCCCUGUUGACAUUCGACUUGAAUUUGAAGCGAAAGAAAAUUUUCCUAAUCAAACAUCUGCAUAUUGUCUCAUUUUGCAUGACAGAGUAGUAGAGUACAGACCAAUCAGUGGUGGAGUAAAAAAAAUCAUUUAA